GUCAGCAGACUCCUGAUCCUAUUGGUAAUCGCCCUGGAGGAAACAGAUAAGAUCGAUCAGAAUGUUUCGGCGUUCUUCGACCACUUACCCCUCCUAUAUUACUCUUCGUAUCGUUCAACUAGGAUAAUUUCAAUUCGUACAAAUUUUUUUUGUCUUUGUAGAUCGUUUUGUGCGGUGAAUUAUUGAUACGUAUGAUAUCAUGUCUGUGUGUCCCUUUAAAUUUAUGGAUACUAGCAGCGAACGAUACGAGCCGAGAGUGAGGACAAUUUUUGAGUGUUGUACGAAAACGAAAUGUGAUUGUGUAAUGGUACGAUCGAAUAAGGAACGAGUGCAUUUUGAAUAUUGGUGAGGAGAACUGGUUUCUUUGUAUCCUCGAUAUGUAUUCCUCGAAGAUGAAGUCCAUGGUGAUCAGCUUCUCCUUUCUAUUUCACUUGACCUUAAUCGACGGAGGUUCGACGACGACCGAGGUGUCGUGCGGUAACCGGUUGACGGCACCGAGAGGAGUGAUCCAGACCCCAAAUUUUCCCCGGUCUUUUCCGGUGCCCAUUAAGUGUCGCUGGGUGAUCGAUGUUUCCGAUAUUCCAGCGACUAACAGCUCCAUCGUCGUCUAUUUGACGCAAGUGUACGUGUAUAAGGGACUCAGUUUCACCGAGUACGCGUACUACGAAUCGGAGAGUAUGAAUUUUGGCGCCAGUCUGAUAAAAGAGAUCACCGAGGGCAACGUGUUCGAAUACAAAUUGUUUAGAACGUUCAGGCCGUUUCUCGUCAUCGAGUUCGAGCUCGAUCGACUCGAGGGCAAUCACGUACGAGUUUUAAACAAUUUGCUGGACGUGUACGGGUUCAAUGUCACGUAUCAGAUGACCGAAGACGUGCCAAAUUCGGAUUGCUGCUCCGUCCAGCAUUGCUCCUACUCCGGGAAUUGCCUCGUGUCUGGAGACUAUACGAGCUUCUGGUGCGAUUGUUUCGAGGGUUUCAGCGGGAAGAAUUGUAACCAAGGACCCCUCUGCUUCGACGACAGGAAGAAUCCUACUUGCCAAAACGAAGGCACUUGCAAGCAAAUUGGAGCAGAAGCAAUGACCUGCGAAUGCGCCAAUGGCUACGUCGGCCGUAACUGUGAGAUUCACCUUUUGGAUACCGUGGAUGGUGAAUGCGGGCUCGAGAAUUGCAUAAUACAAUGCCCUUACGACAAAGAGGAGCAGCAACCGUGCGUUUGUAGAAAUGGCACGAAAAUCUACAACAAUCGAUCGAGAUACGAGUGCAGAAUCAAAUUGUCGAACGUGACAUCCCUGAGGUCUGGGCUGAUUACGCAACACGGCAGUGUGGAGUCCUACGUCGGCAAACAGCUUGCAAAGUAUUUAAGGAAUUCUAAUAUCUCGUCCAUGGAGGAUUUACAAAUCCUGAGCGUGACACCCACAUCGGAAAUCACUUUCCAUUUUUUUGGAAACUCUGAGGAUGGAGAUAAAAUUCGAGAGUCCCUCAACAAAUUGGUCCAACGUCGACGGCUCAGCGAGAUAUCCCUCGAAUCGACUCACUUUACCUUUCAACAAAAGCCUGCGCUUAAAUUGCAGAGUCUCAGGCUGAAUCAGGGAAAUGAACACGAAAUUCACCCGGGAGAUCAAUUCGUUCUGUCUUGCGCUGCUCAAGGCAGUUAUAACAUAAACUUCACAUGGUACAAGGACAAUAUGCUGGUGAACAUGAAUAAAGCCACCAGGGAAAUCUGGUAUAGACAUCUUCCCAACGAUGGUUCUGAUUUACACACAUCCAUAUUAACCAUCGAAAAAGCGACUUUACUCGAUGCGGGUCAAUACACUUGUCAAAUAGUCGAUUGGGGCGUGCAGCAAUGUAAGAGUAUUUACGUAGAUGUGAAAGAUGAACCAGAUGUAAAAGUGAUGCCAAUGAGUGCUACUAUAGACAAGGGAACCAAUAUACAAUUAACGUGUAUGACACCCAACGUGCCCAAUAUUGGAAUAGGAUUUGGCUGGACGAAAAACAAAGCUCUGUUGAAGCUAGAACUUGGUAGCGAGGUCUGGGAAGAUUUAUUUCCUACUGGAAGUAUAUUAAAAAUUACAAACGCGCAGAAAUCUGCGAUAUAUACAUGUAACGUGGCAGACAAGUCCAUGUCCGUUCGCGUGGAAGUUGUGAAUCGAACAUUAAUACCAAUUUGCUUGAGGGGGAAAUCCUGGGGAUUAAUCUGGCCAGAUACUGCUCCUGGAUCUGAAGCAUUGUUAGAAUGUCCUCAACAUUUUGUAGGCAAAAAAGUCUCCAGACUGUGCUCGAUGAAAGAUGCCACCACUCCUGAAUGGCAAACUCCAGAUUUUUCUCUUUGUUUGUUCGAACCAUUAGUUUCACGUUAUAACAAGUUUAAAAGCUUAACACUAGGAUAUCAAAACACGUCUGGUUCUGGAACGAUCUUUAUCUUCUGGAAAAUUCUACAAUCGCGUAGCUUGCCUCUUUAUCCUGGCGAAGGUGAUCGUAUCCUGAGUAUCUUGGCGGAAAUAGAGCGUUAUCAGCAUAUUGUUAAUCCAUACGAUUUACAUGUCUCUAUAGAGGCUUUGAUACAGAUAAUUAGUCGAAUACUAGAUGACAAAAAUUCAAUCUUAAGCCAACAGAAAGUUCUAUUGCUUCUUCAAAUAACUCAACGAAGCCUGAUGCAUUGGUCUAAGGUGGCUACUCAUCCUUACAAGCACUUAUCUCUUUCUUCAUUAGUGGUAGACAUUCAAGAAUUACAACAACAUAAUGGAGAUAGUAUUACCCAUUCUCUUCAAAUCCCUAUAGAUGAAUCCAUGUACCCAAAUUGGUACGAUGACAAAACGACAGUACGAUUAUGGAAAAAACGACAACGUGGUGUAAAGUCUAAUAACACUCUACAUGGAAUAGUAAUUGUUUAUAAGAAUAUGUCUCAUUUUCUUCCAGCCACGUAUGUCAAGGAACUGGACGAUGGCACAGAUCUGGAGUUUCGUAUUAAUUCUCGAGUCGUCACAGUGGCAAUACCUGCCUUCAAUUUGGAUAAACAUAAUAAGAUUUGGGUAGACCUACAGCUAAAACACAUAGAAAAUCAGUCGAGUUCAUGGAAUGUGUCUUGCGGCCUUAUGGAUGUUAUAGGUUCUUGGGAUCUCAAUAGCUGUAUCGCAAAUAUUUCACCAGGUGAUGCCACAACGCAUUGUCUCUGCCCUAGUAGCGGAACUUUCGCAGUUUUUUUAACGGCACGUGCUGUAAGGGUAGUACUUGCAAAAAAAGAACAAACCACACUUAUCGUGAUAUUUGGAUGUGGUAGCUGUUUGGCACAGUGUCUUAUAUCUUCUUUGAUCCUCGGAACCUUUUGGUGGAAAAAUCGUAAUUGGUUGAACUUUUUAAAGCUUCAGUGUUGCGGUGCUUUGGUUGGAGCAAUGGCUGUUUUCAUUUAUGCCGUGUAUAAUCACUUACCAGAGAGUUCCUACGCGAUCGUAGCGAUAACUUUAGAAGCUUUCCUCUUGAUUGGUAUGUCAGCGCCUAUAUCAGAAGCUCUCAUCAUUUAUGCUGGUCUAACUCAAGUUCGAUCCAGUCAACAUUUUCAACCUACUGUCAUAGCAGUGAUUACUGGUGUCCCUAUCUUGGCUGUGUUAAGUACUGAACUUACACACAAAAGCACUGGUUGGAGACAUGAGUCAUGGUGGUUAAUUUUUGGCAGCGGCGUUUAUAAUAUUUUUGUUACUUGCGCAACGAUGAUGUUUCUUAUAUUUGUGCUAUUGUAUUUGGGAAUCUUGCACAAGGCUCAUGCUCUUGUCGAGGAGAAUGUUAUGAAAAAGGAAGCAAUAGAGGCCAGACUACGAAUGCUUCAUCGAGCUGCCAUAGUUAUUUGCGGUGUCAUUGCAAUGGAAGCCUCCUCCAUCUUUUAUAUAAAUUCUACCUCUAUCAUCUUUCAUUACAUAUUCGCUUCUCUUUCCUCUGUUUUGGGCUUUGUUAUAAUGAUAAUCUACAUCGUGAUUGGCGAAUUAACUAUCGUCGAUGUAAUCUUAAGAAAACUAAAGUGGAAACAUGAUGCAGAAGAGGAUAUAACAUCCGAGCCAAUCAAAGUGUGUUCAAAGAGCGGCGCCGAGGUGGAGAACGAUACUGCUCCACCGUCGUCAUCCUUAAGUAUCGGUGAAUCGUAUUUAGAAGCUCGCGGGAUUGCAGCGGGUAGUAUAGACAUGCGCGAGUUCAUAAACGAGUCCUCAUCUUCAUAUUCGAAACCUUCCGUCCCUGUCACCAGCAGAUUCCUGCCAGAGAUCCGCAUCGAUCACUCGGACGAUAUAAACCUGGAAAAUUAUAGCACUAGUCCACGAAAGUAUCAAGAAGCUGUCGUGUUCGAUACCGUGUUUUCCCCACGAUCAUUGCACUGCAUGAACGAGGCGUCAUAUGGCGCCAGCGAGUGCUGCAGUUUCCGGGAAUUUGGUAAAUAUAGGGAGUCUCAAGGACAAAUCUUCAUCGCACACAAUCCCUCGCCAGAGAGCUCAGCCAAAGUUCUGUGUAGCGCUGACGUCGAAUCGCGCUUAAGCGGAAUGCCAGAUGUAACCUUGGCCGUGAAGAACGACGUCGAAUUAUUGUCAGCAACGGAACUAAAGAGCAGAGACCAUGUGAAUGUCAUUCCUGACAUUGCUAAUACUACGGAACGUAAACAACCUGAUGGGGAAGAAAAGGCACCUGAAAUCGUGAUCACAAACUGCGAGGCUACAACGAGUGGUAUGCUAGAUCGUAUUGCACAUGAUCUUGACUAUCUGCUGAAUCGUACCCAUUCCGCGGAUGGAACAUAAAUCUGACUAUAAUCUGAAAGAAAUCGGUUCACCGCUCAAGAUUGUUAGGAAGCAUACCCUCACCAUAAUGUUUAAUGGAUAGCUAUAUCAUUUAUGGUGUUUAAUAAUGUGCUUAGAUGAGGUAAAUAGGAAUUAUUUUAAGAAAAUUGGCUCAAGAACACGUUGUAGUUCGGUACUGUUCAGAGUAAAUUUGGUAAUGAUUUCAUUUUUAUUAUUAUAGUAUAAAAUUGUUGAAUAUAUAAUAAUUUAUUAUA